AUGUAUCCAUCUCCCGAUGAGAAAGUUCUUAUGAAGAAAAUCAUGGAUCACGAUUGUGGAUGGAACGAUGUGGAUGAUGCAAUUGCAGACGGUUGGACAAAGCGUCUAGUUAAGGAAAAGAAGACAAUAUGUUUUGAAAAUAUGCAUAAAGCAGAUGUUGCUAGCCGAGCAAUUCAGCCUAAUCCAGAUGCAGGUAAUUUGGCUCAGAAAAAUAUUGGUCAAACAAAGCAAGGUCGGAAGAAGGUUGCUCGAACCAAGGUGGCUCUGAAGAAGGUGAAUAAUGGAUUGGAUGAGGUAGAGAACCGAUUGUUGAAAGUGUUGAAUAGUAGAUUCGAGAAGAUGAAUGCGAAGUUUGAUUAUCUGGAUACAAGAUUGAAAAUUGUGGAAGAGAAUGUGAAACAGUUGAAAGAGGUUGCUGAGAAUGUAGCGAAUUGUGGGGAUGUGGGUGAGGAUGAAGAGGUUGCUGAGAAUGUAACAUAUUGUGGGGAUGUGGGUGAGGAUGAAGAGGUUGAUGAGGCUACUAAGAAUGUAGCGGAUUGUGGGAAUGUGGGUGAGGAUGAAGAGGUUUCUAAGGAUGAAGGGGUUGCUGAGGAUAAAGGGGUCGCUGAGGAUAAAAGGGUUGCUGAGGAUGAAGUGGUGGUACAACCAUUGGAUUGUGAAGAGAGUAAAGAGGUGGUGGGUGAUAAUGGAAAAGAGGUGGGUGAAGAGGGUGAGGCAAGUAACAAAAUCAAGAACACUUACAAGAGAAAGAUAAAGAUGAAAAAAGGAGCAGAAGAGGUGGGUUAA